AUGGCACAAGAGCGCAGACCUAAAUACUGCGAAGAAAAGCCGCGGAGAAACUGAUCCACGACGCAUAUUUCUGGAGGUUGCCUGACUAUUUUUAUCCGCCCGGCGGCGGCGGCGCGGCACGGAGCGGAGCGCCGCUCAGCGAGGCGCACGGCGGGGAGAAGGAGCGAUCUGCUGAUUCAGAGAGGAUCCUCAGGGCUUUUUUUUUUUUUUUUUACGAAACCGCACAGGGCAGGAGCACCGAGGUGAGGCGCCCAGGGACGACCAGGAGGUGAAUGAAAUGGAAGUUCCUCCGGGGACGAGCUGCUGUGAGCGUGCCGUGGCCGAAGCGGAGUAACCGAGCUGUGCGGCGCAUUGGGAUGGCAGCAUCCAGCAACUCCAGCCUCUCAGGUUCAUCCGUGUCCUCUGACCCCGAGGAUUACCAACCACCCAUAUGGAAGUCCUACUUGUACCAGUUACAACAGGAAUCUCCAAGACCAAAGAGGAUCACAUGUCCUCAGGAGAUGACGAACAGACCCAAAUACUAUGGCAGAGAAUUCCAUGGCGUGAUCUCUCGAGAAUAUGCAGAUGAACUGCUGAAGGGAGCAGAGGGUGCCUACCUCAUCAGAGAGAGUCAAAGACAGCCUGGGACCCACACUUUGGCCUUAAGGUUUGGGAAUCAGACCCUCAACUACAGAUUGUUCUACGAUGGGAAGCACUUUGUGGGCGAGAAGAGAUUCGAGUCGGUCCACGACCUUGUGACAGAUGCCCUCAUCACUCUUUACAUCGAGACUAAAGCAGCGGAGUACAUCUCCAAAAUGACCACUAACCCCAUCUAUGAGCAUUUGGGUUACACCUCGCUGCUCAAGGACAAGAUGGUGCACAGGCUGAGACGCGGGCGCAGCGAACCACGCAGGGUCACCUUCCAGAGAGACGAAAGGAUCUCCUCCCCUCUGGUGCGACGGAGUGCCUUGAAAGACACGCCAGAGAAGCAGUGCUCCUAUGAGAAGAUCCAUAACUUCAAGGUACACACAUUUCGAGGGCCGCACUGGUGUGAGUACUGUGCCAACUUUAUGUGGGGUCUUAUCGCCCAGGGAGUCCGUUGCUCAGAUUGUGGGCUGAAUGUGCACAAACAGUGCUCCAAACUGGUUCCCAGUGACUGCCAGCCGGACCUGCGCAGGAUAAAGAAAGUGUUCAGCUGUGACCUCACCACGCUCGUCAAGGCGCACAACACCACGCGGCCCAUGGUGGUGGACAUGUGCAUUCGAGAGAUAGAGCUAAGAGGUAUGAAAUCUGAGGGUCUCUACAGAGUGUCGGGUUUUUCAGAGCACAUUGAGGAUGUGAGGCUCUCCUUUGAUCGAGAUGGUGAAAAGGCUGACAUCAGUGCCAGUACCUAUGCAGACAUCAACAUCAUUGCUGGUGCUUUGAAGCUCUAUUUAAGAGACCUUCCCAUUCCUGUCAUUCCCUUUGACUUGUACUCCAAAUUUAUUCAGGCUGCAAAAUGUCCGGACGCUGAGUCCAGACUGGAGGCCAUCCAUGAGGGCUUGCUGCAGCUGCCCCCGGCCCACUACGAGACCCUGCGGUACCUGAUGGCUCACCUCAAGAGGGUGACGAUGUUUGAAAGGGACAAUUUAAUGAAUGCUGAAAACCUGGGGAUCGUCUUCGGUCCGACGCUCAUGCAGCCGCCGGAGCAGAACGCCUUGACAACACUGAAUGAUAUGAGGCAGCAGAAAUUAGUGGUGCAGCUUAUGAUCGAGCAUGAAGACGUCUUAUUUUGAGCCCGGACUGCAGCAUGAAGGCUUUAUAAGACAAUUAUU